CCCGCUCUCUCUCUCUCUCUCUCUCUCUCUCUCUCUCUCUCUGUGAAGAAAAGUCUUAUGGAAAUGGAAUACAAGGCGAGAACAACCACUAUACCAGCACCCGUCACAAUUCCCACUAAAGUCUUCUUCCCUUACUCAACAUCAUCCUCAUCUUCUUCACCGCCACCACAACCACCAUCAUCUCAGUCCUCAUCUCCAACCACUCCUCCUCCUCAUCCUCCCCCUCCUCCUUCUUCCCUUCCCAUUACCCCACUGCCGCCGCCGCCACCGCCGGCAGUCCUCAGCCCGUGUGCCGCCUGCAAGAUCCUGCGCCGGCGGUGCGUGGACAAGUGUGUCUUGGCCCCGUACUUCCCGCCCACCGAGCCUUACAAGUUCACCAUUGCGCAUCGAGUGUUCGGAGCUAGCAACAUCAUCAAGUUCUUGCAGGAACUUCCAGAACCGCAGAGAGCGGAUGCAGUGAGCAGCAUGGUGUACGAGGCCAACGCGAGGAUCCGAGACCCGGUCUACGGCUGCGCCGGAGCCAUCUGCCACCUCCAGAAGCAAGUAAGCGAUCUCCAAGAGCAGCUCGCCAAGACUCAAGCCGAGCUCGUCAACCUCGAGCUGCAGCGGGUGAACCUCGUCGCGGCAUGCAUGGAAAUGGCUCAAUCCCAAGAGCCGAACAUCAAUUUCCAGCAGCAACUCGCCGACUCAACCGGCUUCUUGGAGGAUGGCUCGGCUAGCUGGGAAUCGAUUUACUGGACGUGACUGCGGGACCAUGAGACUUGAGCCUUAUAGUUACUGAUGAGAAUGAACCGUGAGAAAAGGGAAAAAGGAACUUUACCCACGACCAAAUAUCAACAAAGCUUACUCCCAGAAAAAGGAAAAUUAAAGUUCGGAAUUGGUAUUCCGUAAUGGAAAAGAUGGAAAGGGAGGGAUCUGUCUUCUGCUCUCUUGAUUAAAUUUCCAAGGUCUAAGAAAUUUUAUUCUAUCUUUUCUUGAAUGAAAACGAGUUGUUGCGGGUGACCUAAUUACAAUUAUCUUGUCGAAUUAAUUGGUCAUUUUUAAAUCAAUUGUAGCACAAACGCGCUUCCUUGUCAAACUAA